CAAGAAGGAGUGGACCAUAGACGGCCUCUGUCAUAAAAACACACGACGAUUACGGUGGAGAGGAAAGAAAUAAAAAAAAUUUAAAAAAAUUUAAAAAAAAGAAAAAGAAAGAAAGAAGGCCACCAGACUCAUCACGCCGUCGUUUUCACCCCACCUUGUCGGAGGCCGCUUGGCUUUGCAACCAGCUUUCGCCGACGCUCAGUGUCGUUUUGGGGCGUUUGUGAGCGAGCGUACCGUGUGGUCCUAUCUUUUUUUUUUUUUUUUUUGCCUAGCGGAUUGGAAGUGAAGGUCCGCCAUAUUUUGCCUUACCACGCCCGGGGAGUGGAGCCACCGGGAAGAAGAAGAAUAAAAAGACGAAGGGAAGAAAGGGGAAAGUAGACUGCGUCUCCCGGUGCCCACUGUACGCAGCUGAAGACGGGAGAUAUUUUUUGUUUUUUUUCCCCACGGAAGGAGUGGCGAGGGUGGGGAAGGAGGUAUCGAUGGCGACGCUUAACGAUAUCCCACUCAGGAUGUGUCUUAAACGGAUCGGUUGACCACCCGGAGACGGUAAACCAGAUUACACCAAUUAAGAUAGCACUCAAGUGGAAGAGGAGUCUGAGGUGGCGGUGGACGUGAAAGUAGGAGGAGAAGAACCGGGCUUCGUCCAUUUCUCAAAUAUCCCGAUCCACUCCUCCUCGGCAACUCCGUCAUUUGCAGGCCGCUGCAUGAGCGCCUUCCCCGGCCUACUCGCUCCCCGCGCACCGGCCUCUCCGGGACGAAAUCAGUGAGAGUCGUUGACCGUAGCGAAUUAAAACGAGAAACGCGUUAAAGGAUGACCCUGGAAUCCAUCAUGGCGUGUUGCCUCAGCGAGGAGGCGAAGGAAGCCCGGAGGAUCAACGACGAGAUCGAGAGGCAGCUCCGCCGGGACAAGAGGGACGCGCGGCGGGAGCUCAAACUGUUGCUGCUCGGCACGGGCGAGAGUGGUAAGAGCACAUUCAUCAAGCAGAUGAGAAUCAUCCACGGUGCCGGGUACUCUGACGAGGACAAGCGAGGCUUCACCAAGCUGGUGUACCAGAACAUCUUUACCGCCAUGCAGUCCAUGAUACGGGCCACGGAGACGCUCAAGAUCCCCUACAAAUACGAGCACAACAAGGCGAACGCCAACGUGGUGAGAGAGGUGGACGUGGAGAAGGUCAGCAUGUUUGAGAAUCCUUACGUAGACGCCAUCAAGAGCUUGUGGAACGACCCGGGCAUCCAAGAGUGUUACGACCGGAGGAGGGAAUACCAGCUGUCCGACUCUACCAAAUAUUACCUGAACGCUUUAGACAGGAUCGCCGAAUGCUCGUAUUUACCCACUCAGCAGGAUGUGCUGAGGGUCCGAGUGCCCACCACGGGCAUCAUCGAGUACCCCUUUGACCUACAGAGCGUCAUAUUCAGGAUGGUGGACGUGGGCGGUCAGCGGUCCGAGAGGAGGAAGUGGAUCCACUGCUUCGAGAACGUCACGUCCAUCAUGUUCCUGGUGGCGCUCAGCGAGUACGACCAAGUUCUGGUGGAGUCGGACAAUGAGAACCGCAUGGAGGAGAGCAAAGCGCUGUUCAGGACAAUCAUCACAUACCCGUGGUUCCAGAACUCCUCCGUCAUUCUGUUCCUCAACAAGAAGGACUUGCUGGAGGAGAAAAUCAUGUACUCUCAUCUGGUCGACUACUUCCCAGAGUACGACGGUCCCCAGAGGGACCCCCAGGCGGGCCGCGAGUUCAUCCUGAAGAUGUUCGUGGACCUGAACCCCGACAGCGACAAGAUCAUCUACUCACACUUCACAUGCGCCACCGACACGGAGAACAUCCGCUUCGUGUUCGCCGCCGUCAAGGACACCAUCCUGCAGCUCAACCUGAAGGAGUACAACCUGGUGUAACAUAUAGAAGGACUGCAUCCAUCUGUGAAGAGAUGCAUCACACACAAAUCCAAAUCAAAUGUUUGCAUCUAAUACUAAUUUAUUUGCCAUGUGUUGGCAGACAAGAGGCAAGAAAAUUAAUUGAAAUGUGAUCUUGCUAUUUAAUUAAGGAUUUAUAGAAGAGAGAGGAAAAUAAAAGGUUUGCAUUCCUUUUUUUUAAGUCGCUUUUGACUGACUCGUAAUAAUAAAAAAGGCAAAAACUGUGAUUUUAGAAGUAUUUGAUUUUGAUAUGGAUGUGAAUCACCCAUCUCAAACACCCCCCCCCCCCCAGCUGCCCGAAAAUGCAUACCAAACCUACCCAUCUUGACUGCGCAUGUGUGGGGGCCAUUUUGCCCCAGUAUUUGCAGUCGUCCUUUGGUGGAAAAACGAAAUACCUUAACAAAAUUGUGGCUGAAUCAUCAACACUUGAAAAUAUUGCAUUUCACAGUAAUCUCAGUCGAUGAAAUCAUUAUUUUCCCGCAGUUUAGCGACUCAAUGAACCUGCAUUUUAUGCCGUUGAUCUGGCUGUGACACAAUCGUUUCGCGGUGGAAAAUUGUCAAUUGUUUGAUUUUAGGUAGUGACUGAGCGGUGAAGUUGAAGACCAAAUGUAUUUGUACAUAUCCCACCACUCCCAUAAAGAAUAAACUACAGUAUUUCAGUCUUUUUUAAUAUGAAGAAAACAGACUAGUUAUGUCUUAUCUACAUUCGUAGUCAAAAGCUAAAAUCAUGUCAUUAAGUAGGAAUGCACGGAAAGUCGUUUGAGCAUUUAUUCUAUAGCCUUGAUAUCCAGUUUGAGGUCCUCGUACACUGUUUGACCUCACUAGUAAGACAAUUUAGCCCACGAGUACAACAACUAGGGUGUACUAGUAGAACAACUGGCUUACAUUUUUCCAUUCCUAGUGUCACUUUUGGCCUAAUAGUCUGCAAUUAAACCUAACAAACUACUGAACUGCACAAGAAACACUACUCGGCCCAACUAGUAGCCUGGACCAAACUAGUACCACCAAAAUGCCCACAAGUAGUUUUGGCUCACUAGUAACAUGUAGUCCUACUAGGGGGCAGAAAUGUCAUGCAGUUCUGGGUUUAAAAAAAAAAAGUUAUCUGUAAGAUGCAUUAAUUCUACUACUAGUUGUUAAACUAGUGCCCUGAAUUGUCUUACCUGUGAGGACAGAGUGUACUAGGAUAUGGAAUAAAUGCUCAAAUGGCUUUAUGAGCAUUUAGUUGAGAUCCUUGAUAUCCGGCUCAAGGGCCAUGCACUAGUACAUUCCAUACUCUUUCGUCACGAGUCGGACAACUUUGGCAUACUAGUAGGGCAACUACAUGUUAUUAGGUAAAACUGCGCCACUUGUCAACUGUGUGAUACUCGUGCAGUACUACCAGCGAAGUUGUAAAAUUCUACUAGUUAACAUCUAGUGCUGCAUUAGUAGUGUGCAGACGUCAACUAAUGCAUAGUUUUGCCUCACUAGUAGCAUUUGUUAAGUUAUCCUAGCAGAAAUGUCAUACGGUAGUGGGGAAAACUUUACUAGUGCGCUGAAUUUUCUAACUAGUGGGGACAUAGAGCGUACUAGUACAUGGACAUGAAGCUGGAUAUCGAAUAAAUGCUGAAACGGCCUCCCACACGAGUGCAGAUUUGAUCCCGUCUGCAUUUUGGCGAGCUUCCCCUUCCCGCCGCCUGCUUCCGGGUGAGCUGUUAACGAAAACGUUAGGAGCUACGUGACGUGAGAUGAAAAUUGAUGUUUCAACUGUGCCACAUUAACACCGUUUAUUGUGUUUAUUUUUGUGUUUGUUGUAAGAUGCCAAAAGCAGUCAAUUCUACACACACAGUAUGCACUCCUUGGGAGCCAAAUGUUUGCUUUGCCACAAGCCCCGCCCCGCAAUCGCCGAGCAUUUUUAGGAUUGUCCAAUCACAGCCUGGCUGACUGUUGCUAGGUUGAACGAGGGCAACGUGUGAUAGAAGUUUGUACCAAAGUUUCUGAUUGGCCAAUUUCCCCCUCCCACUUUGAGUCAUUUUGGAGUAUUUUUUUUGUUUGUUCCCAAGAACACAAGCCUGUAAUUCACAUGUAUUGAGGCAUAGUGCAAUUAUGAAUGCUAUAAUCAUUGUACACAUAUACAUAUAUAUAUAUAUACAUAUACAUAUAUAUAUAUAUAUAUAUAUAUAUGGCAGCAUCUUUGUUGGCUUUGUAAUCAUUACGUUUUUGUUUGUUUUGGCAGAUUGAAUGUGCGGUAUUCGAAAAAUAUGUAUCUAUGUAAUUGUACGUCUAAUGGCUUUUUUUCUGAAAGAAAAUGUUAUUUACAUGUUUUUGGUUUCCUUUUAUAAGAGGAGAAUGUACAUUUUGUGUUUUUUUGGGACAGGGGGGGGGGGCGUUUUAUUUCUCAGCAAAGAAACAUUGUUCAGCUUCAGAAGUACAUAAAGAGGAAUAUGAUGACACGGUUCUAUGUCCAGUGUUUCGAGUGGCUAUUCUGUUAAAAGAUUACUUCUAUUUAAAGAUUUAAAAAUAAUGUUGGCUAUUUUCUAGCUGAACAGCAUUUUUUAUUUAUAAUUAUUUUGUAACCAUUUUUUCAUUUUAUGUUUCAGCUUUUUAUUAUUAUUUUAAAUUCUUACACUUUAAGAUUAUACAGUACAUCCUAGCGUGUCCGCCCCACUUUGGGAGGGUUAGCAUGUGUGACCUUUUGUUGUUGUUGCUGUUAGCGUAUUGGGUCAUUGCAUAUGAUUUUAGCAUUUGUCUAUAUUUUAUUUUAAAAUUAGUAUUACAUGACAUUUGAAUAUUGGCAGGUAUUUCAAUGUUUUUUUU